AUGGCCUGUGGGGGGGACAGCGGUUAUGAAUCUGACCAGGGAGUCUGGUCUCUGGCCCAGUCCGCAUUUUCUUGCGCCCCUUCCCCGCCCCCACACGGGGCAUUUUGUGGUGGGGAAGUCCAUGCCAGCCCUAGGAAGCCCUCUCACACCGAUCGGGUUCCCCAACUGCCCGGCCCGGCGUCUCGUGCUGGCCUUCACCGCACCCACCCUCCCAGCAAGCUCUCGGGGCACUCUUACUUCACCGGUUUCUCGGAAACAGAAACCGUGGCUGGGGAAAGGCAGGCGCCGGAUCUCGCAGGCGCGUGGGGGCCUGGAGGUCCCCCGACAGUUCUCCGAACCCGGCAAUGGCCUCGGGAUGUGGCCGGGGUGGAGGCGGCCGCAGAGCCUCCGCCCGGGUGGCCCCGGGGCCAGGCCCCCAGUCCGGGCCCAGCCGCCCGCGCCCCCCAGCCCUGGACGCCCGGACCAGCGCCCGCAGGCUCCGUGAACGCCCAGGCGCCGGAGACCCCGGCUCCCCACUCGCCCGCCGCCCGUCUCCCCGGGACCGCAACCUGGAAGCAGCGGUGGAGCUCCGGGUCGGCCCGAGCCUACGGCCUCGGCGGCGUCGUCGCUGGGCCCCGCCCGGCCCCGCCGCCGCGUCACGCGCUGCGCUCGGUCUCCACCCCCGCUCCGGACCCCGCUGCCGUCCCUCCCGGCCCGGCCCCGCACUUUCGCCGCGGGAAGACUAACCUGAGGUCCCCGGGGCCCGGGCCCUCGCUGCGGCCUGCGUGUCCUGAAGCUCAGUCUCCCCCUCCAGGCGGCGGGCGGCUCAGCACCCACACCUGCACCCGCCUCCUCCGCAAGACAAAAGUCCCCGAACGCGCGGCAGCUCACCGGACCCCCGCGCUAAUUCCUUCCUUACGGGGCCCAGGGCUCCACCCUUGACCCUCGGUUCCCUCCUUAGAGGGAGGAGCUGACACCCAGCAGGUUCCUUCUUUCCCUAGGGCGUGACCUCCGCAGGCUUCAUAGACUCAAAGAGCUCUGUGAUGGAACCACUAUAUACCCAUUUCACAGAAGCAGUGAGUGAAGCUCAGAGCAUUGGAAGCACAGGUGAGAAGGUGCAGAGCUUGGAUCUGAACCUAGGCCCCAUCUGACCACAGCCUCAGCCUUGGACAAUCUGCCUCUGCCCCUGCCUCCCAGGCCCACGCACCUCCCUCCACUUGGCAUCGCUCUUCUGCUGGAUGGUUGCCGGGUCUGGCUGGAAGGUCCCCAGAGGCGCGUGCGCGGACGACAGGAGCUGAACGCACAGCUGGUACUUGGACCCGCAAUCUGGCCUGGCUGCGAACCUGCAGGGAGAGGGAGGGCCCAUCAGGGCCUCGGAGAUUGGGGGCAGGGCAGGGGUGGGGCGCCUGAUUGGCAUGCCCCCCCCAGACCCUUGCCCCAGGCACUCACCAGUCCUUGACCUCGAUGUCCGGCCGUGUGGUAUCCAUCAGCUCCUCCCAAUACCCUUCAGCCUUGAGGUCCACCACCUGGGACUUGAGGCAGGUGCUGGGGGCAGGCAGAAGGGUGGGAGGGGCUGGGGCUCACCACUAGGGCAGUGAGGGGCUAGGACUGCCCCUUUCCAGGGUGGGAGGGACCCCAGGGUAAAUUGACUUGGGCUUUCCCCUACCCCAAGUCCCCGGAUCUUACUAAUAUGAAGUCACGAAGUAUUUCUUGACCUGGUCAUUGGGGAAUUCCUUCCUCUGGUCUCGAGAGAGAUCCUCCACCUUCCACUCAUCGCCUCCAUUCACAUCCAGGCUCCAGAACUCGAACCCCUCUGAUGGAAAAGCAGAGUUCACACUGAAGGGAAGCCCCUCAGAGACCACCUUCUCCCAAGCGCCCCUUCCUCCCAACUCCUCUGCCCGCAUCUUGGCGGCUGCCUUCAAGCCCUGUGCUGUGGGACGCUGCAGAUCACAGUGGCCACCGCGUAUUAGGUGCUUCCUGUGUUGCAGGCACAGGGAGGUGACUUCCCUGGGGGCCCUGAGACACAUGGUGAUGUGAAUGACCAGACCUCUUCUGUGAUGGAGAAUGCUCUGAUGUGGGCCAGACAGACCUGGGUCUGGUCCCAGCUCUACCAGUACUCGGUGUGACCUUGGGCCAGUUGCUUUUCCUCUCUGACCCUUGGUUGUCUCCUCUGUAAA